AUGGUAUGGAGCAAUAUGAAGGCGAUGAAUGUGAAUACCCUAUUGGGUGCGGUGACCUGGGAAAUGAUCGAACCUGUGGAGGGCCAGUUCUGUUUCGAUAAACUCGAUAAUUUGAUUCGGGAAGCCCGCCAAUACAGAAAAAAAUUGGUGUUGCUAUGGUUUGGCAGCUUUAAAAAUGGUCUCAGCAGUUAUGUUCCGGCUUGGGUCAAACAGGAUGUCAAGCGAUUUACCAGAGCCCAUUUCCGGGACUCAACUGGUGCCAAUGCACGAACUUUGAAUCUCUUGAGUCCAUUCUGUCACAAUUCAUGGGAGGCCGAUGCCAAGGCAUUUGCGGCUUUAAUGAAGCAUCUGAAAUCAUAUGACGAGGCGCACAGCACCGUCAUCAUGGUUCAGGUCGAAAAUGAAACUGGUCUUCUCGGGGACUCCAGGGAUCGGUCCCAUCUUGCAGACGAAGAAUUCCAGAAGCCUGUACCUCUUGAUCUAGUGCAAUUCCUUGCACAAUCUGAUCGGAGCCUACAUCCAACCUUCAUGAAGCGAUUCCCUGACAUAAAAACCAAAGCGGUCAUGAAUUCUACGUGGCAAGAGGUCUUUGGGGAUGGCGUGGAGGCGAAUGAGACCUUUAUGGCCCACGCAUUCUCAAAAUACGUUGAACACGUAGCUGCUGCUGGGAAAAUGGAGUACAACAUUCCCAUGUACUCGAAUGUAUGGUUGAAUUUCAAUGAUCCUGCAGUCCUGGAUACAGCUGGAGUGAAUUUGCCCGCCGAGGCCGAAACUGUCGCUGGCGGCAGCGCCAACCCAGGCGUGUACCCAUCUGGCGGAGCCUGCCCUCACGUAUUGGAUAUCUGGCAACACAAUGCACCCUCCAUCGAUUUCAUCGCCCCGGACCUCUACCUGCACAAUUAUACGUACAUAUGUCAGCAGUAUCGCCAUAACAAUAAUAUCCUAUUCGUUCCGGAACAACGACGAGACAGCAAGGGGGUUCGACGGAUGAUGCUGGCAUACACUGAAUACGCGGCCAUCGGCUGCUCACCAUUUGGCAUUGAUACCUUAUCAGCAUCAUCCAGCGAUAUGACAAAAGUAUAUAAGCUUCUAGGUUCAAUUAGCAAGCAUAUUCUUAAGGCGCAGGCGACUCGACCUGAGCACAUGAUGGGCUUUUUCUUCGAUGAGUUGGACCACUUGACUGCGCAAAUACAAGCACUCACGCACUGGAUCAAGAACUUCGAUGAAUGGGAGAUAAAUAUUGAGCGAUCCUUCGUCUUUGGCAAGCCUGGCCCUGGUAAUGGUAUCGUGAUUUACCAGGGAAAUGCAAAAUUCCUCCUCAUCGGCUGGGGCUUUCAGGUUUCCUUCCGCAACACCACACCGGGUACCACUUUCACAGGUAUUCUGUCGGCGGAGAAAAAGACGGUAGAUGCAGAUGGAAAUUUAUCCACGCUCCGUAUGCUAAAUGGCGAUGAGCUUCGUGGUAGUGAAGUUGUGAUGAUGCCGAAUGACAAUCCGGAUUAUGGAGGUUUCCCGAUCGCGGUGUUGAUUCCAGCGCGUACGUAUCUGGCGGAAUUCACGGCCUACAGCGUCAAAGAGCAGGCAGAAGACUAUUGA